ACACACACACACACACACACACACACACACGCACAGUCCUAAACAACAAUGACAUCAUAGCCAAUGAACAGCGUGCCCAUAGUUGUACAUUAUGCACUCCGGUUUUAAAUGCAUACUCCAACUAUUAAACAGUCUAUUAUCACAAAUGGCGUUUAAUACAAGACUGCUAUGUCUAGCUUCUGAUGUAAACAAUUUGAGUCAUAAGUAACCUAUUACUGAACGUUUAUAUUUUAAGGUUUACACCUUCAUAUGGCGCCAAGACUAGUUUGAUUCUAAAAGUUUAUUGUGCUUAGCCUUAUAUUUGUAUUGUCAUACAAUUACAUCCCAGUAUUGUAGAGCACGUGUAAUGCAGAGGGAAAUGGCAUUACAUCACCGACAUUGUAUACAAACAGAUCACGUAACACAUGCACACGCAAAGUACUGUCAGUGGCACAAAGCAUGUAUCUAUACAGGUUCACAGUAAAACAUGUUUUCAUUCCCUGCAUUUUUGGCCAUAAAAAAAUAAUUAUGCACUACAAUCAUUUCCAUCAUGCAACCAGCACUGAUCCUCGCAAUAAGUCUCAGUUACUCUCAUUCGGCUAUUCAAUAUCAAUGAAUCCAUAUCCUAUCUCAUAGUAUAAGCCUAGUAACACAAUAAAUACAUAACACAUGUAACUGCAACUAUCCGCCUACUACCUCAAACAAAACUUUAUCCUUGAAGAAAAAAAAGUUUUCGCCACAAUCACUGAACGACCAAAAUAUGAAAAUGCCCACACAGUUAUUAUAAGUAUUAAUAACAUUUCAUGUCUAAAAAAAAGAGUUAUUUAAAUACAAUAAAUACUAACACAAUUUACUCCAAAUAAAUAGGAGAAAAUCUAUAACCGUACUCAAAUGGACAUUUCACAAAAGCAUUUGAAGCACGCAUCACUCGAAUGAUCUGCAAUCACGAUAUUCAUAUAUUGGUUUAAAACAUUAUCGUAUUAAUUUGAGUAAAUUCCUUACAGUUCCAUUUGAAACCUCGGCCAGUGCCUAUCCCCUCUCUCGGUUUUCCAUGCCGCACUCGGUCUCUCACGUUUCAGAGGUGCCGCAGCAGAACUCGCAGUUCUCUAGAAAUAGGUAGUGUUUGUUGAGACUCUCUAACGUCCAAUGGGUGGGCUGUUGCCAGUAGCAACCACGUCCAUCAGCCAUUUCUGUCCAAUAAACAGCGGGACGAGGCGGAGUGCAGGUGCGCGCCGCUGUGUCCACUUGGCAGAGUGCCUGGGAGACGCCUGUGGCAAAACAGUAACUGUCAAAUGCAAGGUUCCUUUAAUAAGAGCGAUCAGUCCGGCUCCGAGAGUCAUGGCGACCACAGCGUCUAAUCAUUACAAUAUCCUCACCUCCAGCGCAUCCAUUGUGCACUCGGAGCCCGGGAGCAUGCAGCAAGCAUCGGCGUACAGGGACGCGCAGACCCUGUUGCAGAGUGACUACUCAUUGCAGAGCAACAGUCACCCGCUCAGCCACGCGCACCAGUGGAUAACGGCACUGUCGCACGGAGAGGGAGCUCCGUGGUCAACCAGUCCGCUCGGCGAGCAGGACAUCAAACCCGCGGUGCAGGGCACCAGAGACGAGAUGCACAGUUCAAAUAACCUGCAGCACCAGCACCAGCCGCGACCGCCCCACCUGGUGCACCAGUCACAUGGGAACCACCACGACGCCCGAGCGUGGAGAACUACCGCAGCCCACAUACCCAGCAUGGCAACAUCCAAUGGCCAGAGCCUUAUUUAUUCACAGCCCGGAUUCGGCGUCAACGGCCUGAUUCCAGGCAGCGGACAGGGAAUGCACCACCACAACCUAAGAGAUGCACACGAAGACCACCACAGCCCGCAUCUCAGCGACCACGGCCACCAGGCGUCCCAGCACCAGCAACAGAGUCACCACGACCAUUCGGACGAGGAUACACCGACCUCCGACGACUUGGAGCAGUUCGCCAAGCAGUUUAAGCAGCGGAGGAUCAAGCUGGGCUUCACUCAAGCUGACGUCGGACUCGCCUUGGGAACGCUGUAUGGAAAUGUGUUUUCCCAAACCACUAUUUGCAGGUUCGAGGCCCUGCAGCUCAGCUUCAAAAACAUGUGUAAACUCAAGCCUUUGUUGAACAAGUGGUUGGAAGAAGCGGAUUCCACCUCGGGCAGCCCAACCAGCUUGGACAAAAUCGCUGCACAAGGGAGGAAAAGGAAAAAACGGACCUCUAUCGAGGUAAGCGUAAAAGGGGCGUUGGAGACCCAUUUCUUGAAGUGUCCUAAACCCGCAGCGGCGGAAAUUACUUCCCUGGCGGACGGUCUACAGCUGGAGAAAGAGGUGGUGAGGGUUUGGUUUUGUAACAGGAGACAGAAAGAGAAACGGAUGACUCCUCCCGGUGGACCGCUUCCUGGAACCGAGGAUGUGUAUGGGGACACACCGCCACAUCAUGGAGUCCAAACACCGGUUCAAUGAACAAUAACGGACCACUAUUAGACUUUUCCUGAUUUUGUUUGUCUUGAAAAUUAUAUAUAAUUCACUGGACUAUGAGCGAUAGUGGGUGUUUUAUGUAUAAUAGCCUAGCCUAUGGCAUGAGUAGGCUACUUACACAAUAUCUGCAUUGAAUACCAUUCAAAACCCGAAUAUCAUUAGCGAUGGAGUGGAAAUUGUUUUCUUCAAGAGCUAAGCGAACACAUGUUCGAGGAUAUGCCUAGCACUGUGACUCAACGCAGUUUCAAGGUGUAGCCCUAUUGUGAAAAAUAUUUGGCGUAAAGGAAAUUAUCGUUAAAAACUAGCCUCGGGAUUCAUAGCUAAAAUGGUUUACAUUCUCGCCUUUUGUGGUGUAUUCAACACAUGGCGCUGCGGAAUCAUCAUGGUUUUGUUCUGGACGUGUGGGUCCGACAAGAAAAGUCAUGACAGCUGCAUUCGACAAAACAUAGCCUAAACGCCAUUUCUCUGUCCCAGACAAGCAGCUGGGGGUUGAGCAUCGGUUGAGCAAUGUGUGAGGGUUGAUCAUCCGUCAGUCAUCUUUUUCCAGUUAGUUUUGACAUUCAACAUUGCUUUGAGGCGUUUAGGCAAAUGAUUAUGUGCGAAAUCGUUAUUAUUUUAGCCUGUUACCUGUUAUAUCCCUAUUAUUAUUAUUGUUGUUGUUGUUGUCAAGAGCAGUUCGAAGGAGCUCCUUGAAUAAUUGAUACCACAUAAGUCAUAUGGUUUUAAAAUUUCGUUUGGACGCACACAGGAGCACAUCAUCCUUCUCGUUCUCUCAAUGAUAUCAGCACGUGUGGAUCAAACACAAAAGGCUGCCAGCACUGAGCUCCGCUCCACGCCACGCGGCCAGCAGCUAGCAGUCAGGUCACGGAAGGGCUACGUGGCGAUGGAAACCUGGCACUUUUCUAGAGCAAGAUAUAUCACCAAGUUUCACAGAACAUUGUGAUCAAUUUUGUAAAUAUUGUAUAACUAAACAGUCACGGCUUAGUUCCUUCUCACUGGGGCACUUUUUUUCUUUCGGUGUUUUCAAAACAAAAACAGGUUUUAGCUGUUUAUUUUUUUAUUCCAAAUGGUUUUGACACAAUUUUUAGGUUUCAAUAGCCUACCUUGUAUUUUUAUUUAAAGUUAUUUGUAGCUGAAAUUAUGCUUGUUGUUUGCAGUGUAAUGUGUUUGAGAAGCAUUUUAUGUUCAAUUCAGAGGGAUUUCAUUGAUGUGAGUUCAAUUGGAUUGGCAGAAUUGACUUCACAUGUUGUCCUGACAUUGGCUUUCAAUAAUGUCCACCUGACAUUAUAUUUUUGAAUCAAAUAUAUGCUUUAAGUAAUUAUUAUGGUCUAAUUGAUUGGCAACUAAAUAAUUAAUCAGCCCACAGAUUGGCAAAAGAAGGCGAUAUGCUCGCUGAAAUAUAUUUUAUUUAAAAGAUGUAUAAUUCCUUUACAAAAGGAAAUAGAUAUUUAAGUGUUCUACAUUUUAUAUCAACUUUUAAAAACAACGUGGACCCUUUGUCAAAAACAAGUCACCUGACAUCACAUAUCAUGAAAAUAAUAAUAAGAAUAAUAUAUUAUUAUUAUUUUAUUAUUUAUCAUAGGGUGAGGAUUUUAUUUGAUCCUUGCCACCUUUCUUUUGUUUUGGUAUCAUUGCGAUAUGGGAAUAAUGAUCAAAUACGUUAAUUUUAUAAUUUUGUUAUUGAGAUUGUAAUUUAUUCUAUAAGGACUUUUAUAGAUGACAAAGUACAAUAGAUAUAUAAAUGGCAUCGAAAAGGCUUAUGGAAUAUAGGCUAGUCAGAAAGGGGGAGAGAUAGUAUUUUUUAUUUCAGGGGGAUUGCCAUAGCCUAUACCGUCAAUGCUACGUGUAUAUACAUGUUUUAUGAUAACCAUAUGGCUUGUUCUCCGUAGCUUUGUUUCAUUUUAUGCAAAUUAUAUCCAGGGACUUGUGUUCUUCUCAUUUACUUUUGUUUUUUUAAAGAAAAAAGUUAAUGGUAUUGAUCGUAUUUCUUCUGUAGCUUGAAUUAAUCGACCAAUCACACAAUUCUCUGAUAAUCAAACUGUGGGAUGUACAAAUUCGAUGUUUUUUUUUGGUUUUGUUUAUUGUUUUUUUCCCCCGCGUUUGUCACAUUCACUUUUAAUUCAUCUGGAUAAACCUGGGGGGUAAACACGCAGAUGGUGAUGUGUAGGUAAUAUUUCACCACUUGAUAUCACAUGAACAAAGACUUGCACAUUUUUAAAUAAUGGGGUUGAUAUUAAAAAGCUUUUUUCAAUGUCGA